CUGUUGGCUUGAUGGCCGUGAUGGAGUGGUCUUCCUACUCAGUAUGCGUUUGUAUUGUGAUCCGAAAUGAAUUGAAACCAGGUUCGUCCGCGCUGCCGUCGACGGGAUUUUUUCUUCUAUGAGUGGUGUGUCUCAGCAAAAAGCAAAAGUUAGCAUCUUUUUUUUCCUCAACAAGGAGCCAGGGAAUUAACUCUACACUCAUGAAGAGUAACGAACGGUGCAAACGGCGUUCAGGUUUCGCGGUUUCGUGCUACCAGUGAAUCGUGCGUGAGCGGUGAAUUGAUUCACACGGUUUCGGGAAGACACGGUGCUAGAGACGACUGAAGUCAAGUUUUUUUUCCUUGAAUUUCGGAGGACCAGGUUAAGAAAGGCAGAAGAAAUAUCGGGAAGAAGAAGCAGACAGCAGAAGUAGCAGCAGCAGCAGUGGAUGAAGAGAAGUCUGGUUUCUCUCGCUCCCGCACUCAGUUUUGGAAGUGUUUUUUCGCUUCCUUCUCCCGACUGAAGCAGAAAAUAUGUGUAUUUUACGUUGAUUUUUUUCGUUGAUGCGCCCUUACACGAAAGAGCCUGGCUGGGCCUACCAAGGGGCAAAGUGUUCGAAUGAAUGGAGAUUUUCAACUGAAGAAUUCAAAGUGCUACUUUGCUCUUUCUCCGGAUGGUGCGUUUGGGGCACCCUGCCUCUCCGUAGAUGUUGAUCGCUCGAGGUGCAAAUGAUUUAUGAGGAGGAACGAGCGAAAGGAAUUAGCCACAGCGAAGAAUGGUCUAACGAGAAUUUUAGAGUGAUUUUCCCGUGCACAAGCCACAGCACGCAGCAACUUCGGUUCUCGAGUUUCUCUUCUUUUUUUUUCGGGGAAUGUUGGUGAACGUGUGAGUGAACGCAUAAUUUGUGUAUUUUCGCGUUGAUGACGAAAGAAGAAAAAUGAAAAAUCGUCGUCUUUGAUCAAUUUUCCACAUAUUGUGUGUCGUUUCGAGACGAGAAGUAUUUUUGUUAUUGUUGUUGUAAUUUGAAGGAGCCGAGGAAAAGCGGAUAGGCAAGAAAAGAGCAAGCGGGAGAGAAAGAGUGUGCGAGCGAGCAGGAGUGCGCUCACUGUGGUUUCCGAAUAGUUCGAUAAUUGAGAGGAAGAAGAAGAAAGUGCAGCUGUAAGAAAACGACGUGAAGUGGAGAAGUAGCAAAAACGUAUACACAAGCAUCGUUUGUUAGAAGAAAACCAGAGGCUCCUUGAGAAGGAAGAAAAAAAUGUAAAUGAACAAUCAAUAUCUUGUACGUUCAAGUCAGGAAGUGGCUGACUUUUCUGACACAGUGAGUGAGCCGAAGGGAAAAUUACGACCAUUUCGGUUUAUUAUGACCGUAUGUACUAAGUGAGCUUGUGGGGAGUGUAUUACGGGGGCGCUUCCCUGUCUGAAUGGGAAAGGAAUUAUGAGGAUUAUUCAUUAAUCAUGAAGACAAGCAGAUAAAUGUGAAAAGGACAGCAGCCGGGUGUUUGAACCCUGCGAGUGAGUGAGUGCAACUUCGGAAUGGGAAGCAAGAAUCGACGGUGAAGUGUUGAAAAUCGGUCGCGACCAAAAUAUACCGAUCGUCGGCCGCAGAGACAGCUAAACGACAUACGAAGGAGGCAAAGAAACAAGCCAGGGAACAAACAAAUACAGACAAUGUAAGCGGCUAAUGGCGCUGCUUCUUAACUUUAUGUGGUCUGCGUUUCUGGAUUCGUUGUCGCCGUCGUCUUGAGCGUGUUCAACACCCCGAGCUCCUUGACUGGCACGACACAGAAGACACGGUCAACCAGUCCCAAAACCGAAUCGAACCAAAGGCAGCAGCUACAGAGAAAACCGACGGAACACGGGAGAGAGCAAGAUGAAGAAAAAGUGAUACGUUAUAGUGGUUUGACGAUAAUUUAAAUAAAAUAAAGAUUCAAACAAUUGACGGGAAGAUUUGGAGAGGAAGCAGACGGCUAUAUUUUAUACUUAACCAAAUUCGAAACGAGGAGGAGAAAAGAGCGAGUGGUUUCCAGAUAGGAAUACCAUGCAAACAAGAUGAACAAAUUCAGCAGAAAGAAGAGUAAAGGUGACGUCACCGAGGUGAAUCGUCACCAUCAAAGGCGACCGACAGCCACCAACAGUAUAACCACAAAACGACGAAAAUAUCGACUACUGAACACACGGCUAAAGCUGCUACCGAGCAUCAGGACGACCUCCUAUCUAACGCUAGGCCUGAUAGUAUGCCUUCAGCUGUUGAUGAUGUCCACCGUACUACACUGUGCCAAAACGUUCUACAUGCACUGGAACACGACAAACAGUAUAUUCCGGAUCGACAACACAGAUCACAUCAUCGACGUCAACAAAGGCAACUCGGCGUUCGAGUACGAUCAAGUCCAUAUCAUCUGUCCGGUCUACGAACCGGGCACGUUCGACAACGAGACAGAGAAGUACAUCAUCUACAAUGUAUCGAAGGUGGAGUACGAGACGUGCAGGAUCACGAAUCAUGAUCCACGCAUUAUCGCGAUCUGCGAUAAACCGAACAAGCUGAUGUUCUUCACUAUCACAUUCCGGCCAUUUACACCGCAACCCGGUGGUUUAGAGUUCCUACCAGGGAAUGACUACUAUUUUAUCUCUACUUCGUCCAAGGACGACCUCCACCGGAGGAUAGGUGGUCGAUGCUCCACCAACAACAUGAAAGUAGUAUUCAAGGUAUGCUGUGCCGACGAGCAGCACCAGCAUCCGAAUGUUACGUCUAGUAAUAACAAUAUUCCUUCGUCGACGGCGAUCGACGGUGGCAGUUCGCCUAAUGGCAACAGUGCAGUCAGUGGUAGCAGUGGUGUCUCGGUCAACACCAACGCCAGUGGCGCCUCGAUGGAUAGUUUCGAUCCGUCGACGAGGUUACUUCCGUCCUCGACGGUCAACAGCAGCCAGGGCAACAUCGUGCAGAGCACGGUCAACUGGCCGGUGUGGAAUGGCGGCCAACAGCGGCCAGUUCCGUCGACCCCAUCGGUCAACAACGGUGGCAACGGUCGCCACCAGCAUCACUACACCCCAUCGCCUCCGCGGACGGCCAUCAACAACUACAACAACUACGGCGGCAACAGCGGAAGCGGCUCUGGUGCUCAUAGUAAUAGUAAUAAUUAUAACAUUAACAAUCCACCGUCCAAUGCACAUCAGAACAAUAAGCCGACGAAGAAGACGAACGAGUACGACAAACACCCGAACGAGGUCGUCAAGAACGAGGAACUCACCUACAACAACGGUGCCGCCACGAGGACCACCGCCAGUUCCCGAGGUUUGCUAGGAUUAGUACUUUUAGCGGUCUGUUCGCAUCUGCUGCUCUCCGGUAGCAGUAGACUCCGCGCGACAGGGUUGCCAAAUGCGUUGCCAUUGACGAGAUAGCACGUAAGCCGAUUCCUAACACGAUGCUAAUCAUGACACACUUGAACACACCCACACACACAUUUGUAAUACGAGAGACUCUUGAAUCCAGAUUUUUUUUUUUGUAAGAAAAAUACAAUUCGCUUGCACCGGAGGGAUCACCGUUGCUCCCUCGUGGCGAAACAGCAACGAUACUUGUAAAACAAGGCGCAGAGAGUCAUCGAGAUCGUAAGUUAUAUCCUUGUUCGUACAGAUAAACAAAAAAAAAACAGAAAAAAAAACAAAGUGGAAACAAAUAUCUGAUAGUCCUUAUAUAGUGUGUAGUAGUGAGUGAUAUUAAUUUAAAAAGAGACAAACCAAGCAAAAAAACAAGAAAAAAGCAAACAGCAAGGAAAAUCACACAUUUUUAUUAGAAGGUAAACCGAAGACUGAGAGAUUUGACCCGCUGGAGCAUGUUUAAGAGAGAAACCGAGAAAUAAAACGAAAAAGUUCAGA